GCCAUCAUCCUCCUUUCCUUCGUCUUGGCUCUAGGUUUCCUACUAGUCAUUCUAAGUUGCGCAUUAUGGUCUCAAUGGCUACCACUCCUAGUCGCUGCUAUUUUCUUUUCAGCACCAUUACCUAAACUAUUAGCAACAAGUUGUACUGGUUCAGAUGAAUUUUCAGCAGAUUACUCUUCUACUCCAAUCGAAGCGGCUGAAUUCUUGACCGGAUUCUUGUUAAUGACAGGCGUAGCCUUACCACUUGUUUUGGCUCAUUCUGAGAUUAUUACUCAGUCUGCUUGUUAUAUGAGCAUGUCGGGUGGUGGAUUGGUUUAUUCUACUAUCAUCGUUUACUCUCACUUUUUUUCACCAAGGGAUGAGUUUUGA